CCUAGAGAGCUUACUUUCUUAUAGACUCGCUUUCCUCUACUGCCUCCCACCCUGUCCUCCUUUCUGCUGACACUCACAGUAUAAAUUGGGGCUGGGCUCUGUGUGUGCAUCACAUCAAAGGCAACAUGAAGACAGGCGCUGUCUAUGUUUUGGUGGGUUUUGUCGCUGUGGGGAUGGAGAUGGCCUGCGUUAGAGGGCAAGAAAGACCUGGAAUCUGUCCAAAGGUACCCCAAGGAGUCUUUGGAAGUUGUGUGGAAAUGUGCUCAGGAGAUGAAUCAUGUCCCCAAAGAAUGAAAUGCUGCAGCAAUGGAUGUGGUCAUAUCUGCAUGUAUGGUGUCCCCCAAGUAGCUGCAUUGAGGAAUGCAGUGGUGACUGGGAUUGUGAUCCAGAUGAACACUGUGUCAGCAAUGGGUGUGGCCACGUCUGUGUUCCAGCCUAAGGACAGAUGAAGAUUUAUCUUAAGGGUCAUCCUUCUCUAAUAAUUUCUCAUCACUUCCUAUCUUCAAAGAUGUGACUGGAACUCCUUGCCCUGGAAGACAGAUGAAAAUGGGGACCUGUGGAUGGAGAUUACAUGUGGUGGGGAAGGAAAAAGAGUCACUUCUUUCAAUAAAUCAUCAUUGUUAAAAGUA